CCGCCGAUUGGCUGAACGCCGUGAACAGCGGAUAAAUUGCGAAGGGACGGCAGCGCGGAGCCAGGCGUUGUGGAGAGAGCACUGACCGCUGCUGCUGGGACCCUGUCGGCCAGAGCUCCCGGGCUAGUCCUGUCGGGUUCUGCGGUUUUGUGCCCAGUUGUCUGUUCUCCUGAAUCCCAACAACUUUCACGUGGAGCUCCCUCAGAGCCUGUCGGUAAACCGGCUGCACAGUUACUGGACAGCAACAGGUUGGUGACACGAAGAGAUUGGUCAGGAAGUCGGGGAGGAAGCAUUCGGAAAACGGCGGCGGCAGCAGCGGCAGUGGCGAUGUUGGCGGGUGACAGUUAUAUGUGCCCUGACCUGGAGGUCCAGACGACAAUGGAUCAAACUGAUUACAUGACAGAUGGAGCACUGCAUGUUACACUGACUCUUCGACUGCUCAUGCAUGGCAGGGAGGUUGGUAGCAUCAUUGGAAAGAAAGGUGACACAAUAAAGCGAAUGCGCGAGGAGAGCAGCGCACGUAUCAAUGUGUCUGAGGGCUCAUGCCCCGAGCGGAUAAUCACGAUUACUGGUUCAAUGGAGGCAGUCUUCAAAGCAUUCACAAUGAUCGCAGGCAAACUAGAAGAGGACCUCAGUACUUCGAGCAUAAGUGACACAACAAGGAGCAAACCCCCUGUUACACUGCGUCUGGUAAUCCCUGCCAGUCAGUGUGGUUCGUUGAUAGGAAAAGGGGGAUCAAAAAUCAAGGAGAUCAGAGAGACUACUGGAGCUCAGGUCCAGGUAGCUGGUGAUCUGCUGCCAAACUCAACAGAGCGUGCAGUCACUAUCUCUGGAACCCAGGAUGCCAUCAUCCACUGCAUCAGGCAAAUUUGUGCAGUUAUUCUGGAGUCUCCACCUAAAGGUGCCACCAUUCCUUACCGUCCCACCCUUGCACCUGGACCAGUGGUGUUCUCUGGUGGACAGGCCUACACCGUCCAGGGACAGUUUGCGGUCCCUCAUCCCGAUUUGUCCAAGCUCCAUCAGUUGGCUGCUCAACAUGCUUCCUACAAUACAGUGAACCAGUCCUCCUCAUCGUUCUCCGGAGUGGAUAACAGCGGUCAGACUACAUCUCAGGAACUUCUGAUUCCAAAUGAUUUAAUAGGCUGCAUCAUUGGGAGACAGGGCAGUAAAAUAAACGAAAUCCGGCAGAUGUCAGGUGCUCAAAUCAAGAUCGACAAUCAGGUUGAUGGUUCGACCGAGAGACUCGUUACAAUCACAGGGGGUGCCCUGAACGUCAACUUGGCACAGUACCUCAUAAACGCAUGUUUAGAGAUGGCUAAAACCACCUCCCAGAAUGCUUCCAUCACGACCCCAGUUGACCUCAACAUGACCUUCUCUCAGCCUGCCAACCCUGCCUCUUCCCCACUGGCAUCGAUGAGCUCCGCCCUCCCAUCCUCUCUGCUGAAUGCCCCCUAUGCCAUUCCCAUCUCCAGCCUCCUUGGCAUGAAAAAUGUUCCCUUCCUGGCAUUGUCUGCAGCCAGCUCGGGGCCUUCUGGGAGCAUGUCAGCUUACACAGCCAAAAUCCCCUCAUCCAAUGGGGUUAAGAAGUCUGAGCGACAGAAGUUCUCACCGUAUUGAGAGGAUGGUGCAGCUGCCCAGACCCUGUGUAGAGCUAGUGAGGUAACGAGUGAACGGGAAGGAGUCAUGGGGAGAAUCAUUCAGAUUUGUGAAUAUUGUUAUUUAGGAGGUCUGUUUUCAUGCAAGUCUGUACCUGCAAAUCAACCCCAACCCCUUAGAGUGGCUGAAUAGUCUUUAUUUGAUUCCCUUGGCAUUUACGAAAAAACUAACAUUCUUCACAGCUGGUGCUGUUCAAUGAUUUUAAAUUUCCCAUUGGUUAAAUUAAUCACAAUCAAGACAGUGGCUCAGUGGGUUGCAUACACUGCCUGAUGAAUAACUGAGCCACUGGGCCAAGCAUUCCUUGCAUUCAUUUUCAAGGCAGGAUGGCAGUGAUCCUCGGUGACCAGAGUGGGCGAGCAGGGGAGACAUCUGUCUGUUUCCAUUCCUGAACGGCAUCAGUGACCUCUGCUGGAACAAGCACCAGAAGGCAGAUCGACAAGUGGGUGGGAUGAGGGGGAGAGGACAUCCAAGCCAAGUUUGCUCAACCCUCUCAUCUCUCCUAGCACCAGCAGGGUCAAUUACUGUCUGAUAAUUAACUGACCUGUAGGUGCAGGAGUGGGGUCUGUGUGUUUGUUAGCUCCUACAGACUUUUAUCCCAGCUGAGUCACUGCCUCUCAGAAGAGAAGGGAGUAAUGUGGAAUGUGUACAUGAUAAUUAAAAUUUGGAGGGGGGGGGGUGGCAUUGUUUAUACUGAUAACAGCUUGCUGUGCAUUUUGGAUAUCGGGAAGAUGUAUUGGAAGUCACUGGACAUUUAGGGCUUGGUGCAUUCCGUCAAUCGAACCACUUCUGUGCUGUAUUUCGCAUUAUUCAGAUGUUUUAAGGAUUUUAGUUAUACCUGAUGACUUCAGGCAAUAUUUCAACUUUGAAUAUUACAAUGGAAUUAUUUUGGUUUUCUCUCAAAAUAUUAAAUGACCACAAUAACUGCUGAGGCAUAGUGAGGGGAACAGCCAGUAAACACAUCUGGUCCAACCUCAACAAGUUUUCAAGUGUCUCCUGCCGGUUCCUUGUAUCUAAUCCCUGACCCUUAGCGCACAUAAUGAAAAUUAAUUAUCAUUAACCGACUAUGCAAAGUUACACAUAGGCUUAAUUUUUUUUAAACUUACAAAUAUAUCUGAUUUGACUAAUGCAGCCACUCCCAGAGAGCUGAUUUUUGUAAACUCCUAUUGGAACUGGACUUUUUCUGGUUUAUUUAGAAAAAUGAAUCUUAUAUUUUUCCCAGUUCCUCUGCGGCUCCAAUGUUCCCAGUGCAGGAUGGAGCAUAGCAGGACAGACAUGAAGGAAAGAAGUUCUUUGUACAGGCUACAGGAUUGCAACACAUCUCAUGAAGAUGCACACACCCACGCAGGCACAAUAAUACACCACACCGUCUCACAUCACACUGACGGCUUCUACAUUAGACAUUCCACUCCCUUGCACGUGGGCCAUUCACUGGGCACCAGUUUUGCCAGGUUGGAGGAGGUGUUGGUGUUAGAAUUGGGAAUGCAAGAAUGCUGGUUUCCAGCAGUGCGACAUGCUCAAGGCCUCGCUUGCACCAAGUGCAGUUUUGCAUUCUGCCUGACUCAGGCAUAUGUUGGAGAUGGGUGCUGUGAGGUGCACUCUUCAAAUGCAAUGUGGGAGGACUCUGUAUCUGCCCUGGGAGUGGGCGGUAGGACAGUGUAGGACAGACAAGUUCCGUACCCUCAGAGCAGGUCCCAUGAAGCGUUCAUAUUUGCCUCCUCUAGGCUGUUCUCUGAAUGCCAGUGGCGUCCUCGUUGACCUGGGACGCAAGACCUCGCAGGAAGGUUGGACAAAGCCUGCAAUCCCGCUCCGUAGAGCUUGAAGCGCUGUGAUUGACGUGAUGACGGUAUUGAGGGUACUUGUUUAGAUGAGCCAGUGUGCUGAGUCCUUGGCUGAAGGAAGUUUUGUGUAAUGGUACAGGCGGAGCCUCUGUGCGUGCACACACAGGGUUCUGGGCAGGUGGCCAUGUUUAAAAUUACAGACCCAGAUCUUCGUUCCCCCUUCCCGCCUCUGUCUUCAUCCCGCCUCUGUCCUCAUCUUCUUGUGUUGUGGUGUUCAAAUUCGCUCUCCAUUUUCCUUUGCAGUUGUUUCUUUUAUAUUUCCUGUUAUGUUUCGUUAAAUAAAAGUUUUUUAUGCAACACAAAUUCCUUUUAUAAAAUCUUAAUAAAAGUUUUUUGGC